AUGUACGGCAAUCCGGAGACGUACACGACCAUGGACGAUUGUUCGCAUUUGCAAAAUGGGAAUGGAAGGCAUUUACAGAUCUUCAAAGUCGACCCGAUCCCUCGAGACGGCAUGAAAAACAAAAACGAGCGCCUCAUCGAAUCGGCCCAAAAAGUCCUUCACAAUCCCCUGUUCUCCAUUCGGAACUUUGCCGGAGACGUCCAAGGCGUCGUUCAAGCCUCCGUGAUGGGUGGAGUGAAGAAUUACGAGGUAUUCUUCAGCGAUGCUUUUGAGAGAGAGCUGAUUGUUGAGCAGGUAUCCAUUGUGGAGUACUGCAUCUACGCGCACGGUACUCGAGCCGAAGCGGACAAGAAUAUUCACAAUUUCCUGAUUGAGGGAUUCCGGGAGCACAAGGGCUAUGUUGAUCGGAAGUUUGGGCAGACGACCACCCGACUACCAGCCGGUGCCUCAAUCUACAAUUGUGCCGUCGAACCUCUACCAAACCCGGGGCUGGGUGAGAAGGAGAAGAAGCCGAGCUCGACAAGCCUCGGAGCGCAGCUGUUUGCCGAGGACCCGAAUAACAGCUCAUUCACGUCGCAGUCGUCGAUAAUUACGGCCGGGUCGAACACGCUGAAGAAGGGCUUCCAGAAGUACUUCAAUUCGGGGCCCAGGAAGAGCUUUAGCUCGCUUUCCGGGGUUGUCAUCAAGCAAGCCGAGAAACCAGCCGAAAUGUUCGACCGGGUGAUGAAGACCGACCAGGUCGAGCAGUUGAAGCGCUACGUCAAAAAUCACAGCCCGAUUAACUCACCGCAGAAGCGACAUAAUAGUCAAUCUUCACUCGAUACCUCGAAAAUUCGCCUAUCUGGUACGCCAAAAUCGCCAAUGAUGCCGCCGACGCCGUCGAGUACGGGGCGGAUGUCGAUGGACGAGCAGUUGAAUAACGACGGGAAUGGAAACGGCACGUUAACCAGGAAGGCCAUGAAGCCGCUGCCGCCCAUCUCGUCGGAUGUC